UUUGGUGUUUCAUUGGUUUCAUUCGUUUCAUUGAUAAGGCGGCUGUUUGAUUGUUAUGCCAUCGUUUUUGCUGUAGGAAAAAAUGCUUCCCAAAUUAAAAUUCGCUCUCACGAACUGCCAAUAUCUGACAAGAAAUCGUGUUCUCAAUCACAGAUGUCUUUCAUCGGCAACCUUCGACCCACAAUGUUACGAUGUGGUUGUGGUGGGUGGCGGACAUGCCGGAACCGAGGCUUGCAGUGCCGCUGCCCGGAUGGGAGCUCGAACUCUACUGGUCACCCACAAGCGGUCCACCAUCGGGGAGAUGUCCUGUAAUCCGUCUUUCGGAGGGAUCGGAAAGGGUCACUUGAUCCGGGAGGUUGACGCGCUAGAUGGCGUUUGCGGGAGAUGCUGUGACCGGAGCGGAGUUCAGUAUAAGGUUCUGAACAAGAGACGUGGGCCGGCCGUUUGGGGACCGAGGGCACAGAUUGACCGGACCCUGUACCGGAAAGCGGUUCAAGAAGAGCUAGCUGGGACCGAUAACUUGGAGAUUGUUGAGGCUUCUGUGGAGGAUAUAAUUUUGGAUGAUAGACAGAUCAAGGGUAUCAGCUUGAAGAGUGGAAAUGUUAUUCAUACGAAAUCGCUGGUCAUAACGACUGGCACGUUUUUAAGAGGUCAGAUUAACAUUGGUUUGAAAACUUCGCCGGCUGGAAGGAUCGGCGAUGAACCGGCCAUCGGUCUUGCCAAAAGUUUGGAAAAUUUAGGAUUUCGUUUGGCAAGGUUGAAAACCGGUACCCCACCUAGGAUCAAAGCGUCGUCCAUUGAUUUCAGUAUAUUGGAGAGACAUCCAGGGGAUAAUCCUCCUGUUCCGUUCAGUUUUAUGAACGAAAAGGUUUGGUUGAAACCGGAAGAGCAGCUUGAUUGCUACCUAACCCAUACCAGUAUGGACGUGAAUGAAAUAGUAAGAAAUAAUCUGCAUUGCAAUCGACACGUGACUGAAGAACUUACAGGCCCAAGAUAUUGUCCUUCAAUUGAGUCAAAAGUACUGAGGUUUGGACAUAAAACCCAUCAAAUUUGGCUUGAACCAGAGGGCUUCGAUAGCGAUUUGAUCUAUCCAAAUGGUCUGUCUUGUACGCUUCCAGAGGAAGAACAAGUCAAAUUAGUCCGCUGCUUACGUGGCUUGCAGCGAGCGGAAAUAACACGACCUGGUUAUGGAGUGGAAUAUGAUUUUGUCGAUCCCAGGGAACUUUUCCCAACACUUGAAACCAAACGAGUGGAUGGGUUAUACUUUGCUGGUCAAAUUAACGGAACCACCGGCUAUGAGGAAGCUGCCUCUCAAGGAAUUUUGGCCGGAGCUAAUGCAGCAGCUAAAAUUCUCGGACGAAAUCCACUAACAGUCAGUCGAACGGAAGGUUACAUCGGAGUAUUGGUUGAUGAUCUGACGACCUUGGGAACGAAUGAACCCUAUCGCAUGUUUACCAGCAGGGCUGAAUUCCGUUUGAGUUUACGACCAGACAAUGCCGAUCUCAGACUAACGGAAAAAGGAUACGAAAUCGGUUUGGUUUCAGAGGAAAGAUAUCGAAAAAUGGAAGACAUUCGUCAAAGAUUAGCAAAAGCCAUAGAACUGCUCAGUGAUAUCAAGAAAGGAAGCAACACGUGGCGAGAACUUUUGAGACUCCCCUUGGGUAAAGCCAGUAUCUACAAAAGUGCCUUCGAAAUGUUGGCCAUCAGUGUCGAGGAAAUUAGUACCGCGAACCUGUGUGAACUUGAACCUAGCAUUCUGGGCUGGAUUAAGGACGAUCCGGUGCUUUGUGAACGAUUAAAGAUUGAAGCGCUCUACAGCCUUUCGAUAAAGGAACAGGCCCGGGAAGUCGAAGAAGUCCAGCAGCACGAACAGCUUCAUAUACCAAAAUCCAUCGACUACCUUUCAAAAUCUCUCAAUCUCUCCUUCGAAGAACAGGAAAAACUUGUUCAUAUCCAACCGCAAACGAUUGCCGCGGCCAGCAGAAUACAGGGCAUAACGCCGUCCACGAUUGUUCGAUUGGUCCGUUACGUUAAGCAGCAUCAAAUGGUCGCUCAGUGCUAAGUGAGGUUCGUUCGGAUUACAUUCAAAACCACUUUGAACACUGUAAAACACCUAUUACUUUUUUAUUUGGGGGCUACAAUUUAAAUAGUGUAAGCAACUGUUGCUCGAGUAUAAAUAUAAAUAGUUUCUGUAAAUAUUUAUGUACACACAAAAACAAAUCAUCGGGUUGUUCAUUUUGAACAAUAAGUUUAAUUUUAGAUCCUAUGAGUAGUCAAUAAGAAUAAAGACUUACAAAGUGCUUAACAAGUUGUAAAAUUAAUAGAACAGCAUGAGUGAAUGUUGUCGCGUAAGAAGAGGUAUAUAAAGUAAUGUCUUUGUUUGAAACUUUAAGCCAGAUUAGCGCGGAAGCAGUUUACGAUUAGUGUGCCAUAUCGGUUCCGCGCGUCUCGUAGGGAAGCAUAAUGCAGGCUACGCUGGCACAAACGGCAAAGAACCCAUACACCGAUACGGCACUCCAGAUGGAAGUUUGAAACAAGACCUGCGCUAUGUAGGGUGUAGCCAUGGCACCUAAUCGUGCUAGUGCCGAGCACCCCCCAACUCCCACCGAUCGCAGGGCCGUUGGGUAUACUUCGGGAGUGUAAACGUAAGCUGCUUGGAACAGGCCUGCAAUGACGCCACGUGCCAUGAACAGGAUUAUCGUCAGAACAACACGACUGUGGAAAAAUUAAAAACAUGAUUAAAAAUUAGUUUCCCAAAACUGUUGAAAACAAACUUACACUUCAGUCAUCGUGAUCAUCAGGACGCACCCGGCGUAGAACAAAAACUGCAGUGCCAUCGUCUUCUUACGGCCAAACUUCUCGAUAACAUAAAUGGUUGCGAAAAUACCAGGAAAUUCGGCUAGCGUCGUCCAUAGUAGAUCCAUAUAAUCAGUCGUUGCCAGAGGGUGACAAUCGGUGUCCAUAUCUGGCCCUAUGGUUUUAUUUCUUCCUCCGAACAACUCAGUGGACAUCAGAACUAGUCCGUAAUAACAGAACGCGCAUGACAUCCAGAUGAACCACAGAAGCAACGUGGUUCGACGCAGAGAACUCCCUAGCAGAGCUUUGAAACUUCCUCUGGAUCCGGUUGGGCCUUCCACCACCAGUCGACCUAGUAGCAUUGGCCUCUUGUUAUCUUUGGCAAUCUACGGUUGUUAAGAUUACGUUUUAAAAACUGUCUCAAAAAUGCUAGUUGAAUAACAAACCUGUUCAAGUGUGCUCAACGCCUUAUCAUUUUGACCGCUGGUCACGUGGAAUCGUGCCGAUUCGGGUAGCCACUAGGAUUAAAAAAAAGAAGAAAUUCAAACUGUUGACAAUUCAGACAUCUAAAUUAUAUCUUACCGGAGUAAUGACGGCAAAGGCAAAUAGUGGGGCCGCCGACAGACCCAGAAGCCAUCGCCAGCCCAGGUUGGGACCAACGGCCAAAGCUAAAGCCACCUCGAAACAUGCUCCGAGAGCCCAGAAACACUGUGGAAGAAAAAUAUUAUCAUAGUUAGACCAUCGUUGAGCUGUAUAAACAUUUGAGCAAUAACUCACAUCCAAUAGAACCACACAUUUGGCCCGUUGUUUUGUCGGUAGGAAUUCAGCGUACAGGGUGACUCUGAAAGGCAAAAGAACAAAACGUUUGUCUAAUACUGUUUGCAGCAUGAAUGCUUGUCUAGAGGAAAAUAGAGA